AUGGAACUUGGUGUGACCAAGAUACUCCUCUUUGGGGACCAAACGGUGGAGAAGCUUCCAGCCAUCCGGCGACUGGUGAGCCAUGCCUCGUCCUCACGGCUCGUGCAGCGGUUUCUGCGAGAGGCUUGCGAUGCGGUACAGCUCGAAGUCGGCAAAUUGCCUGCGCACUCGGAGGAACGUCGCAACAUUGGGAACUUCGAUAGCAUUCUACGAUUAGCCGAAGACAACUCCCGACUGAAGGAGCCUAGCGAGAUCGUUGCGACCGUGUUGAUGAAUAUCGUCCGUAUAGGAGAGCUCCUACUAUACGCCGAGCAAGACGUUACGGUUCUCGCCUCGGAAAGUAGUCGCAACUGCAUUCUAGGAUUCAGCACUGGCGAGCUGGCUGCCGCCGUGGCUGCGGUCGCGCAGGACACCAACGAGCUCGUCGGGCUCGGAGUCGAGGCGACGCACAUUGUUUUUCGCAUGGCGCUGGAACUAUUCCACCGGUCUGUAAUGGUUGAUCGCACCAAUGGCCCCUGGGCAAGGACGGUGCUGGGUAUUUCGGCUGAUCGCGUGCGCAAAAUCCUGGUAGAGUUUCACGAGAGCCAUUCAAUUCCUCGCGUGCGACGGGCAUGUGUUGGUUUCCUUUCAGAUAGCUGGCUAACAGUCUUUGGCCCUCCGACGACGCUGCAACAACUUUUUGAAUGGUCAGCCGAGCUGGAAGACGCUCCGCAUAUCGAAACCGACGCCUGCAUGGGCGUACAUAUGGAGACGUUGCCGGAGCUUGAUCUGGGUCGGAUUCUUGGCUCAUCAGCAUGGCUAAACCGUGCCCCAGGGCGCACCACCACCAUCGUCUCCCCCUAUACGUGCCAGCCUCGGCGGCAGCAAACACUGCGAGGUCUCCUGGAGGAAAUAUUGAUGGAUGUUGGUCAGAGGACGUUGCACUUGGCGGCCGCCACCGAUGCGAUUCUGGACCUCGCUCGGACAGACAAGCUGCGUGUUGUUAUGCCCGGCUACACGAGCCAUGACGUCCAUCUCCUGAAAUCACUGCAAAGACGUGGCAUAGAGUAUUCGGUCAUGUCGCACGGUGACCACUUGGCAUCAAAGCCGGCCCGAGAGGGCUCAGGCCGUGUUGCCAUUGUUGGCAUGUCUGGCAGGUUCCCAGGGAGCAGCGAUGUUGACACCUUUUGGGAGGGGCUUUUGCAGGGCAAAAGACAUGUUCAAGAGAUUCCGAGUACUCGAUUUGACCUGGAACAAUGGUACGAUGCCACGGGGAAGCAAAAGAACUCGACAAUGGCACGGACAGGAGCUUUCCUCGACAGGCCAGGCAUGUUCGACAACCGGCUGUUCCACAUGUCACCCAGGGAAGCCAUGCAGACAGAUGUCCAGCACCGGCUGCUCAUGACAACCAGCUACGAGGCCUUGGAGAUGGCAGGAUACUUCCCCGACGGCACGCCCUCGACAAACAGGGACCGCGUUGGCUCCUACUUUGGCCAGACGACGGACGAUUGGCGAGAACUGGCCUUUCAACAAGGAGAAGACAUCUACUUCACCACCGGAAGCAACCGCGCCUUUGGACCGGGCAGGUUACAACACCAUUUUCAAUGGGGAGGUCCGUCUUACAGCGUUGACUCGGCUUGCUCCUCGAGCGUCGCAGCCGUCGGCCUGGCGUGCUCGGCGCUUCUCGGCCGCGAAUGCGACAUGGCCCUGGCUGGUGGAGGAUCCCUCCUUCUUUCGCCAUCGUGGUUCUCGGGCUUGAGCCGUGGUGGUUUCUUGUCCACUCACGGUGGUUGUCAGACAUUCCACGACGACGCCGACGGCUACGUCCGUGGAGAGGGUGUCGGAGUUGUUGUCCUCAAACGGUUGGAAGACGCGCUGGACGACCAAGACAACAUCCUGGGCGUUAUUCGCGGCUCUGGACGCAACUACAGCAGUGACGCUUCUUCCAUAAUGCACCCCUCUGUAAAAGCUCAGCAACAGCUGUAUCGCGACGUUCUGGAGAGCAGCGGCGUGGAUGCCAACAGCAUCUCGUACGUGGAGAUGCAUGGAACAGGUACGCAGGCCGGCGACUUUACCGAGAUGUCUUCCGUCUUGUCGGUAUUUGCGGAAAAGCGAGGCCCGGACAAUCCCCUCGUUGUCGGAGCCGUAAAGGCCAGUAUUGGCCAUGGGGAAGCAGCGGCCGGUGUUUGCGCUCUUAUCAAGACCUUGAUGAUGCUUCAGUCUCGUCGGAUCCCCCCUCAGCCCGAGCUCCCCGGUCCUGUCAACCAUCGCUUUCCCAACCUGGGAGCCCGCAAUGUACAUAUUGCGGCACGCAACAUGAGACUCGAGGCCAGUCCAGUGGCCGAGGGAACACUGCGCGUGUUCCUCAACAGCUUCGAUGCCUCGGGAGGAAACUCGUGCUUACUGCUCGAGGAAGCACCGCCACGGGCCGUAAAGGAUGCAGACCCUCGAUGCCAUCACGUCGUGACGCUCUCGGCCCGCUCCCAGAAGUCGCUCAUUGGCAUCAAGGAGAGGUACUUGGCCUAUCUACGCCGGAAUCCGGGCAUCAAGCUUGCCGAUUUGGUCUACACGACAAAUGCUCGACGCACGCAUGGACCGUUGCGGUAUGCCGUCGCUGCAUCCUCAGUGGACGAGGUCAUGCAAGGUGUAGAGGCGGACCUCACCCGGGGGGGGACACCAGGACAUGUUGGGGAAACACCAGCGGUGGUAUUCAUAUUCACAGGCCAGGGCUCCCAGUAUUCCGGCAUGGGGUCGCACCUGUGGAAGACGUGGGCCGCAUUCCGCAACAAGCUUCAUGACUAUCAAACCAUGGCCAGCGCGCAAGGGCUCCCCCAUUUCCUGGACCUCAUCACGGAGAACAGCGCAUCCUCGCAGCAGCCAGGUUCGGAUGCCGUGAAAGUGCAGUUGGCCAUCCUAUGCCUGGAGCUGGCGUUGGCCGAGCUUUGGCGAUCCUGGGGCGUCCGGCCCGCGACGGUCUUGGGCCACAGCCUAGGCGAAUACGCGGCCCUGUGUGUUGCCGGAGUGCUGACGGUGAGCGAUGCUAUCUACGUCGUGGCCAAGAGAGCGCAGAUCAUGGCCGAGGCUCUGACGCCACACAAGUACGGCAUGUUGGCCAUGAACCUGAGCGUUGAUGAUGCGCGGGAAGUGCUCUCCUCUGGGAAGCACGUCUCGUGUGCGGUGGCUUGCAUCAACGCCCCCAGGAUGACGGUGGUGAGCGGCCCGCGGUUGGAGCUAGAAGAGCUUCAGAAUCAGCUCAAGUCGGACGGAACGCGAUGCACUUACCUGCCUGUUCCCUACGGCUUCCACUCCAGCCAGCUGGAUCCAAUCUUGGCUCAGUUCGAGGCUGCCUGUCAGGGCGUCAACUUUUCCACGCCGCAUCUCCCCAUCGUCUCUUCGCUUUUGGCCACGUCGGUCCGGGGAGACGGGACAUUCUCCCCCGGCUAUCUGGCGCGGCAGGCGCGCGAACCUGUCGACUUUGUCGGAGCACUGGCCGCGGUGCAGGAGCAGAGGUUUCCCUCCCCGGUGUUCCUUGAGAUUGGGCCCGAUCCCGUGUGCUCGGGCCUCGUGAAUGCCUCGCUAGGUGCCGAUGGCACCAAAGUGCGCUGUCUGGCUUCUAUGCAUCGAGAAAAGGACAAUUGGGCCUCGAUAUCGUCGAGCUUGAGAGAUGUCUACGUGGCAGGCGUCGCCAUCGACUGGCCAGCCUAUCACCGCGAGUUCAAAUCCUCGGUAUCCUUGCUUGACCUUCCAAAGUACUCGUUCGAGGAGAAGGAGUUCUGGGCGCCGUUCCCUGGCCGAAGCUCAAGGGCCAUUGGAGAGGCCGAGGCCGACCAGGGCCAACCGCACGUCGUCAAACCGUCUGUACAGGGGUAUUUCACGACGACUCUGCAACGAGUCGUCAAGGAGACAGUCCAGUCCGACGGAUGCUCGGUCACGUUUACGUCGGAUCUGACAGACCAGGACUUGCGCACCGCUGUGCGAGGUCAUGUCGUGGCCGGCGCCGAGAUUUGCUCCAGCAGCAUUCUCCUGGACAUGGCACUCUCUGCGGCCCAGUAUGUCUAUGCAAAGCAGACCUCCGGCCAGAGCCUGCCGUUUCCACUGACGGUGCGUAACUGCUGCUUCCACCGGGCCGUUGUCUUUGCCGAGAAAGCCGCGCAGACGGUGGAAGUUAGUGUCAAUCUGGCCUCCUCGUCCAAGACUGCGGAUGUCCAGUACCGCUGCCGCACGUCGGGCGAGUCUUACGAGGUCGGGACCUGCCAAGUCGUCCCGGGGCCGGCGGGCAAACCGGCCCAAGCCGGGUUCCUCGCCCGGUCCCGGAUGGCGGCUCUCAAGGCGUCGGCAAGCCACCGGCUGGGCAGGCGCGCCGUCUACCGUCUAUUCGACAACAUUGUACGUUAUUCUGAAGAGUACAAGGGGCUGGACAAUGUCCACCUGUCCGAGGACAUGCAAGACGCCAUGGCGGAAAUCAACAUGGCACAGGCCUCGGCUGCAGGCGGCCAUUACCUCCACCACCCAUUUUUGCUCGACUCUAUUGUCCAUCUGUCCGGCUUCUUGCUGAACAACGGACUCCGCUACUCGGACGAAUGGGCUUGCCUCUGCACUGGUUUCGAGGAGUGGCACUUGCUCAAGCCGCUGGAUCCCGCCAACGUGUACACCGGGUAUACCUUUAUGGAAGAGUCCUCGUCGACGCGCAAUCUGGUCACUGGCGAUGUGUACGUCUAUCAUGGGGACGACUUGGUCUCGGUGCUGGCGGGCCUGCAAUUCCAAAAGAUGAAGAGGACGGCGCUCACCCAUCUGCUGCGUCCGCCAACGGUCCGCAACGCGGCCAACGAGGCAAGCUCAUAUGUGCCUGCGGCGCCCCAAACCAAAGCAAAGGCGUGGCCAGCUCAACCCAUCGCUACGAUUCAUCAGGUCAACAACGUAGCGGGCCCGGAGGUGCCUGCCCCUCCGACCCCGGCAAGCAUGAACGGUGGCGGGCAACCCGGCCUGGUCGAUGCGCUGUUUGCCAUCGUUGCACGCGAGGUUGGCGUUGAGCGGAGCGACUUGAACGGCGACAUGAGCCUGGAAGACUUGGGUGUCGACUCCCUGAUGGCCGUCGCAAUCAUUUCGGCCGUGCAACAAGAAACUGGCGUGGAAUUGCCGGCCGCCUUUUUCCUCGAUAACCCUACAACGACGGCAGUGACGGAGGCAGCAGGACGGUUGAGCGCCUGUUGCUAG